AUGCUAUGUGUUGUAAGUGGUUCUGGAAAGAUUGCAAUGCAUGUCUUAGAGAAGCUUCUUGCUUUUGGCGCUAUCCCUGUCACAGUAUCAGAGAUUAUUCAAAGACUUAUGCUCGUUCUAAAUACUAUGACGAAGCAAAACCUUGGAGUGAAAGGUUCCAAUAUGCCAUGUACACCUGAAGCAGUUGAUGUUCUGAGAAAAGCCAAUGUUCUCAUUGCUCCUGCUAUUGCUGCUGGUGCUGGAGGGGUUGCUGCAGGAGAACUUGAGCUGAGUAAUUGGUCCCCUGAAGAAUUUGAAUCUAAAUUACAGACUCCCUUGGUUCACAAAACAACAAUUGGAUUGAACUAA